AUGUCCUCAGACUUUGAUUUAAUAGGCUGCGAUACUACGCAUGCGGGUACUCAAAUUGAGAGUACAGGCAAGGAAGGUGUAACUGCCGCAACUUUCCUGGAUGGUAACAGCCAGUUUUGGGGGAUCGAUCUCCACCCUUUAACGGAAACAUGGUUGUGUGUGAGGAACGCUGAAGAAGAAAUCAAACUUCUUAAGCGUGAAGCACACAACCUGAACUCCAAUAUUGAGGUGGAGAUCAAGAGGCUUACCGAGGCAUUGGCUCUCAAUGGUGCCGAAUUGGAGAGGGCAAAUGAUGCGGAGGAGAAACGGUUCUUGGAGGGUGUAAAAACCUUUUUGGUAAGACAGCUGGACCAGAGCAAUAAUUGGAAAACGCACUCGAAGCGACACCUGGUGUUGCUGAGAGUUGCAAUUCCUACCAUUACUGACUCUGGAUUACAGUCUGACACUGCCAGACUCCUUGAUCCGACCGCUGAUGCCGAUGAGGAUGAGGAAUCCCUGGAUAUCGCAGCGGAAGGCAAUGAGGAUGAAGAAGAAGAAGACGAUGAAGAAGAAGACGAUGAAGAAGAAGAAGAAGAAAAAGAAGAAGAGACUGCAGCUGUUGAUAAUGAAGAACAAUAA